GCGGAGCGGAGCUCGGGGCAGCGUAGCUGAGCGGUGCUGUGAGCGGGUGCAUGGCACGCUACGGGCGGGGGCCGGCGCCCUGCUGGGCGAGAGUUGUGUAAGGUGAUCCCGCGGCGUCACGCGCAGCGCCUCGGGACCCUCCCCCGGCAGAAGGAAGCAGUGAGGCAGCGACAAGAUGAUUGAGACGCUUGUGACCACCGAUGCCCGGGAGCUGCUGUACCAGCUGACGGCUCUGCUGGAGCAGGAGCUGCGGUGUCAGCCCAAGGGCUCGGGCCUGAGGCUGAUCGAGGCUGCCCAUGACAACGGCCUCCGGAUGACCGCGAGGCUGCGAGACUUCGAAGUGAAGGAUCUGCUCAGCUUAACUCAGUUCUUCGGCUUCCACACGGAGACGUUUUCUCUGGCUGUCAACUUCUUAGAUAGGUUCCUGUCAAAAAUGAAGGUACAGCCUAAACACUUGGGCUGCGUUGGACUGAGCUGCUUCUACCUGGCUGUGAAGGCAACAGAAGAAGAGAGAAAUGUUCCCUUAGCCACCGACUUAAUUCGAAUAAGCCAGUAUAGGUUCACUGUUUCUGACAUGAUGAGAAUGGAGAAAAUCGUAUUGGAGAAGCUUUCUUGGAAAGUCAAAGCGACAACAGCCUUCCAGUUUCUACAGCUGUAUCACUCACUCAUUCAUGAGAAUUUAAGCUGUGAAAGGAAAAGAUACCUUAAUUUUGAGAGACUUGAGACCCAGCUUAAGGCAUGUCACUGCAGAAUCAUGUUUUCUAAAGCUAAGCCUUCUGUCUUAGCGUUGUCUAUUAUGGCACUAGAGAUAGAAGAACAAAAAUUACUGGAGUUGACAGAGGCAUUGGAAUUUCUGCAGUUGCAUUCCAAGAUAAACAACAGAGAUUUGACCUUCUGGAAGGAAUUGGUGUUAAAGUGCCUUACAGAAUAUUCCUCGAGCAAGUGUUCCAAACCAAAUGUCCAGAAAUUAAAAUGGAUCGUGUCUGGACGUACAGCACGGCAGCUUAAACACAGCUAUUAUAGAAUAACACACCUUCCUACAAUUCCAGAAACCAGCUCGUAAUAGGUAACCUGUUGGAGAUGUUAACGUAAAUGUAGUAGGCCUGUCACAGAGGCUGGGCUGUUCUCGUGUUCAUGCUUGAGCCUGUGGUGUGCCUAAAGAAGUGGCUACCUAAUAUAUGAACAUUGGAGAAGGAACUGAUGCUUUGGUGUACUCUGGGAGCAGAAAUGUGUUCUGCAGACACUGGGACCUCAUUCAAACUAAAAUAUGGAGUAAAACUGGUAAAACAGAGGAAAAACUUAGCUUGCUCUUAUCACAAAAAAUUCUAAGAGGAAACAGUUGUCUUUUCGAUUCUCUCUUGCAGUAGUUCACUGAAGCCACUUAAAGACAGCUUUGUACACUUUGAGUUGGAUAGCUGUCCAUUUGGUAAAGCCUGAAACUGUCAUUUGGUUAUGCAUAUUUCAGCUGAUUAACUGUGGAAUCACACCUACUUCCUUAUCUAGAUUUUAAUUCCAAAGGCUACAUAUCUUCUUUAACAGCUGUCUUUCUGUGUUAACGUCUGUUUUAGGCUUUAUUUUAUUCUUAUAGAAAUCCCUUUAGUUAGUUGACUGUCUUUUAUGGGUUUUCUGUUUGUUUUACAGGAGUACAAUAAAAAGAGAGAACCAGCCUGAAACCUGUUCACAGACAGAUGAAGAUGUGAGAAACACCUUAAUAAUGAAGAACUUGACUUGUGGGAACAAUAUAUAGCAGUUCAGACUAAAAUCCCUGCAGCAAAUGUUCUUUUCCAUGAUGAUUACAAUACCUAAUGAUAGUUUUUGGUCUUAUUUGCUAGACAAUUCACUAUUUAAACAGUGAAAUACUGCAGUACUGAUGCAAGGAAUUUAAUACCUUAUAGUUUGUAGAGCAGCUUGUGUAAUCUAACCUUGUUUUACUGCAAGUGCAGGUGCAGAAUUAUAUAUUAAAUGGAAAAAAACUGGGUUCACUUUCCAAAGACUACAUGGAUGUUAGGUAAACAUCGUAGGCAGCAGUACAGUGCUUCAGUGUCUCAGGCAAACUAAAGACCAUCUUACUCAAUACUGAUAGGAACAACAAAUGCAUGUCAGUCCGCCUGACGUGCUGUUUGGACAGCAGCAUGCAUCUGUGUUCCUAGGGGGUAGGGUGCUGGCCUUUUACCAUAGACAAGAAUGGAAAAUAAGUCUUUGUGAUGCCUCUUGUGUAGUCUUUAACACUGCAUCAGUAAUUUUGUGAUUAUCUAAGCGUAGUUUGCUGAGAUUGUGGGUGAGGGUGGGUGUGUGGAAACUUCAUGAUACCUGGUGAUGUCUGGGGAGAAAGCACCACAGCACCUGCUCCAAAUUGGAUGUUGGUUUGCCAAGGUUCCACUGUACAAGGAGUAAAUACUGAUGCUGAACAAGGAGGGACAGGCACAGUCAGAACAGGGUUCAAGCUCCAUAGUAGCCUGUAAGUAGGAGCACUCAAGAUAAGGAAAACCUGAAGACUGUUGCAACUGUAGUCUGUUUAACAGUAAGCUUUCUACAUAAAACUGCUCUGUUUUUCCCUGAAGGCUCUGUCAGUACUUGAGGUGUAUCGUGCUGCUGGUACUAAUGUGAAAGUGAACAAGAAGAAUAUGUACGUAAGGUGGUUGAGGAUUUGGGGAACAUUGCUUAUGACCCCUUGAAUUCUGUUACAAACUGAUUGUCAUGUGAAUGGAGUCAGUGGAGAAGGAAGGAAUCUGCAUGUUUGGAAUAUUCUGUGGACUUAACAGGCUAGCCUACCAAAUUCAUCUCCUUUAUGGUAAUAACGGAUGGGGAGAUAAUUCUUUGCUGUUCUCGUUAAACUUCUCACAGAAAACUACAUACCAAAGCUCUGUACUGGACAAAUCAAGCUUUCUUGUGAACUCAUGGGAAUGACUGCGCUGCAUAUUAUUGAAUUGGGUUUUCCAUCCACCAGUGCUAUAUAUGCGUUGUGCUGGCUUCUGAAAAGAAUACAAGUGAUUUAGACAAAUGGGUGGUCAGCUUCUUGGGAGAGAUCAAGAUGCAGCGUGCAAUUGUGCUGGCAUUGUCGUAUCUCAAGUUAUGUACCUUUCAAUUAAACACUGAAAUGCA